AUGCUGAACAAGGACAAAACUGAAGAGCCAAGGCAAAGAGCCGGACUGCAGUUCCCGGUGGGCCGUGUCCACAGGCUGCUGAGGAAGGGGAACUACCCGGAACGUGUGGGAGCUGGAGCCCCGGUGUACCUGGCGGCUGUGCUCGAAUACCUGAAAGCUGAGAUCCUGGAGCCGGCUGGAAACGCUGCCCGGGACAAGAAGAAGACCAGGAUCAUCCCCCGCCACCUGCAGCUGGCCGUGCGCAACGACGAGGAGCUCAACAAGCUGCUGGGCGGAGUGACCAUCGCUCAGGGCGGUGUGCUGCCCAACCCACAAUCUGUCCUGAUUUACAGGAAAAAAAGCCGUGGGUUUAAUGAUGGUGAAUAA